UAUAUCUCUAAUCACCUCUUGUAAUUUUCUGAUGUCCAAGAAUAGCAAUGUUUGGUACUAUAGUGUUAAAUUUAACGCUCGCGCCCAGAAUCACCAAGAGGUCGUUAUCCAAUUUUUAGUCAAACAUUAUCCAAUAUAGUGUGUUAGAGGGGGCACCCCUGCCACAAGAAAACACCUCCGUUCUUCAAUUACUCCACUACGGAACUCGGUCCCGGACGGUCGGGCGCGGGGACCUUUUAAAAUAAAUGAUUUAAAAAUAUCAGUCCAAGAUGCCAUCUAAAAGUGAGCCUGAGAAGAUAAGUGAAAUGAUGGUGGAGAAUGACGCCGAAAGUCAGAAGACGGGGCAAGACCCGCUAGAACGAGCUAUCGGCGCCAUCGGCAAAUGGCAGAUAUGGGUCUGCUUCGUCGUGUUUCUCGUCAAAUUCCCGGUGGCCUGGCACCAGAUGAGCAUCAUCUUCCUCGCGCCCCCCAUGAACUUCACCUGCGCCGAGGAAUCUACCACUUUCGACAAUGUUUGCCACGCCAACUGCACCAGCUACAAAUACGACCACUCUACCUUCGAAGACACCAUCGUCUCGCAAUGGGAUCUUGUCUGCGGACGACAAUGGCUAAAAGAUCUUACGCAAACCUUUUUCAUGCUCGGCAUCCUUGUUGGCAACAUGGUCUUCGGCCACCUAUCCGAUCGGUUCGGACGAAGAAUGCCGUUCCUAGCAGCAGUGUUCCUGCAGCUGAUAUCAGGCGUAGCGACGGCAUAUUCCGUGAACUGGUACAUGUUCACAGCGCUCCGCUUCAUGCUGGCCGUGGCCACCGGCGGCACCAUGGUCACCAGCUUCGUCCUCACCAUGGAGCUCAUCGGCGCCAGAUACAGAGACACCGUCGGCAUCAUCUACCAGAUACCCUUCAACCUUGGACACCUAUCUCUAGCGGCCUUCGGCUACUACCUCAGAGACUGGGACAAAUUCCAACUGGCUAUCUCGCUGCCGUCGCUCAUAUUCCUGAGCUAUUAUUAUUUGUUGCCUGAAUCGCCUAGGUGGCUUAUCACUGCUGGAAGGACUGAUGAAGCUGUGAAGAUUAUGACUGGCGCUGCUAAAAGAAACGGCCGGCCAACAGAGAACAUCGCCUCGACCACGCAGAAGCUAAGCGUGGACGUGAGCAAGCCGGAGCGCGCGUCGUUCCUGGCGCUGUUCGCGCACCCGCGCCUGCGCGUGCGCACGCUCGCCAUCUGCUUCAACUGGUUCGUGUGCGGGCUCUGCUUCUUCGGCGUGUCCCAGUACAUCGGACAUGUCGGCGGGAAUAUAUUCACUAAUGUCGCUAUAUCUGCUGCUAUACAGGUCCCAGGCACUUUGAUAUCUAUCUACGCGAACAGAGUUCUCGGACGGAAGAUAACGCUUAUCAGUUCCAACUGUAUCACGGGGCUCAGCUGUCUACUCAUAACCGUCGUCCCUCACUCGGGGGCUGGCCAUCUCGCCCUCGGCUGCAUUGGCCUCUGGGGCAUGAGCAUAUCCUUCUCCACAGUAUACUUGUACGCCGGGGAAAUAUUCCCCACAGUCGUCAGAAACUCCGGAGUAGGAUUGUCGUCGACUGUAGCUAGAGUAGGUUCCAUGGUGGCUCCGUUUGUAGCGACGAUGUCUUCAGCCAGCCCCUGGUUGCCGCCUCUAGUGUUCGGCAUCACGCCGCUCAUCGGUGCUGGACUUUGUAUACUUUUACCCGACACUAGGGGACGAAAAUUGCCUGACACUAUAGAAGAAGGUGAAGCGUGAGAUGGAUAACAAUUUAAUAUCGAUGAGUAUUCUCUUCCUUCGUGCCUUUUAUUUAUACAUAUUAUUAUUGUUAGAUAAUCGUUUAGUGACGUACUCGUAAAUAAGAGGCUUAUAUUGAUUUUUGUACGGAAGUAAUACAAGGUUGUAUUGAUGAGGACAUUGUGAGAUGGCAGGCGGGUAAGCUGAUGACAGGUGACUGCAGGUGCAAAUGGAAACAUUUAAGAGUACUGACACUAGUCUGCUACAAGACUAAAGGUCUAUUCUUUCAUAGGCUGUGAUAAUUUGUGAAAUGAUGUGCAUUAUAUUAAAGAUUAAAAGAAAAACUU